AUGGGAGACAUACCGGCCUAUGAAUAUACACCUCUGGCAACGGGAAGCCAGAUACGCUUGCUCAAAUUGCUCCCUGGUGCCCACUUCGCUGAUAUCGAGGUGCAAAUAUUUACGUCGGAUCUACACUCAUCAGAAUGCGAGGCAGCAACGCAGAACACGCCCAACGAUGAGACCGAGAGACUGGACCCAGCCAGAAACGAGUCGACGGACAAGUCAAAACCACCAGAAUCACCCAACAGGAUACAGAGCGAGGGAGAUGAGAACAAGAACACUGCUGGAGAGGUUUUGGGAGAUGAGUCGACAGAUGGAGACACCCACAAUGUCAAGUCAGCGGGUCCGGACACCUCCGAGCCCAGGCCCGUGAAGUCCAAGGGCCCUAUGCAUGAGUAUGACGCUCUAUCAUACACUUGGGGCACAAAGACCAACAAAACCGCCAUCCUCGUCAAAGGGGAUGAGGCCGACGACACAAAAUCUUUCCUGGUUACCCGGAACCUCGCUAUUGCGCUUCGGUAUUUGCGACACACGGAAAACGCUAAAAUCCUCUGGAUCGAUGCUCUGUGUAUCAACCAAACAGACGACGAAGAGAAGUCCCGCCAAGUGUCCAUGAUGACCCAGAUCUACAGGAAUGCAACCCAGGUCAAGGUUUGGUUGGGACCGGCGGCUGACGACAGCGACAUGGCUAUGAAGCAACUGAAGACCAAGAACAGCACCAUAGACUCAAUAACCGCGGAAAACCGUCAGCUCCGCCGGGCUCUCGAAAGCCUUGCUCGACGUGAAUACUGGACACGAGUGUGGGUUGUGCAGGAAAUAUUUGUCGGAUCCGAGGUUAAGAUCAUCUGUGGCACCUCCGAGGCCGACUGGAACUCUGCAGUAGAAGCAUUCGACUCACUCCUGGACGCACGCAAGGAGCUACUCGAGCCAUACGUGCCACUUCCGCCACCACGCAUUCUUGAUCCAAGCAGGGUAAAUUUGUCAGAUAAGACGUUGCGCUUGGAUACCCGCCCCUUGACGACGAUCAGCACUCUUGACUUCAACCGAUGGUCAUCUAUAGACAGGAGAGGACCGGAUUGGUUGCUCGAAAUGUUGCUAAACCUUCGUCAUCUCGGGGCCACGGAUCCAAGGGACAAGAUUUUCAGUAUGCUCGGUCUUCUACCGCCACAAGCCGUCCUCAGCGGCAAAGGAUACCAUCUCCGCGUGGAUUAUGGACAAAGCUUCCUAGACGUGUCAAUACAAUUCCUCAAGUAUUGCAUCUUUGCUCCACGUCAAAAAAUCGAAUAUCAUUGGUUUCGUCGGUUACGGCAAAUGGGAACAUUGAACGUCAUUUGCGCAAGCCAACCGGAUGGUGACCCGACGUUUCCGACCUGGCUCCCUGAUUUCUCCAGAGACAAUGGAAUGUAUCGUUGGCCCCGCCUCGAGGAUCUAGGUGGAUUCUUGCCAGCCAACCCCGAAAUCUCCCUUGACAGCCGCAUACUUUCUGUUCGUGCUGUCAAAAUCGCAGACGUCGUGGCAGCAACCGGCAGCAAGGAUGAUUGCCUGGCAACCGACGACCUGAGCCUCCUUGCUCGCUUGCAGCAAUCCAUCGAGCAGUUUUCAAAUUAUUUUUCGUUUAAGCAGUCGAGACAGUUUUGGUUUACUCUCGUUCUCGGCGAUUACCAGGGAAAAUUGCUCUGCGAGUAUAUUUCCCAUACCACUGACAGCUUCGAGCAAGCGCUGAAUACAAUCGUGUCCAACGUACUUUCCGAGGACGGGAGUUCCACCUCGGACGAAUGGUUUACGUCUUCCCGCACAUUUCUAGAUGCUUUCAGACGGCUAGCGUAUCGCAGGCGCUUCGCAAUCUUGAAAAUGCCAACGGACCUGCAACCGAAAUGGGGGGCAACAAGCCAAUUGGAAGGCUCUAAUGGAGUUCUGGCGAUGGUCCCCCAGGAUGGAAGAGUAGGCGACGAACUAUACCGGCUCGGAGACUGCGACUAUCUGGUUCUCUUACGACGUGUGGCCAACCAAGUCCCUUGUUUCAACUUUGUUGGACCGUGCUAUAUUAAGGCGCCACCAUUAUCCUGGAUAGGUGAUGUUCCGGAUGGUAGCGAGGAAUAUAUCGCAAUUUACUAG